AUGGAGGCUAUAUCUGAAAACCCUACCCACAGACCAUCCAGUGUACCUCUCUCACACCCACAACACUAUCCAACAUAUCUUGAAACCCCAGAUGUGUCUCUCAGAGCAAAAAUUUUCUGCGAAAUCCUCAUAAAAUCUCCUCCCCAAGACGUCGAGUCGGCGCUUUCCUCCACCGGAAUCCAACCCCUCCCGGAGAUCGUCGAAGAAGUCCUCAAACUAUCAUACGGGUCUCCCUCUGCCGCGGUGAAGUUUUUCCGGUGGGCCGGGUUGACUCACAAGCACUCUGCCUAUGCGUGGAGUCUGAUGGUGGAUCUACUUGGGAAGAAUCAAAUGUUUGAGCCUAUGUGGGAUGCCAUUCGGUCCAUGAAGCAAGAGGGUGUGCUAUCAAUUGCCACAUUUGUGUCUGUUUUUGGGAGCUACUGCACUGCAGGAAGGUUCAAUGAAGCUACGAUGACGUUUGAUGUAAUGGACAGGUAUGGAAUUCAACCCAAUAUUGUAGCCGUAAAUUCUUUGUUGAGUGCUAUAUGUACAGAAGAUAAUCAAACAAUGAAAGCAUUAGAGUUUUUUGAGAGAAUUAAGGCUAAGAUUGCCCCGGACAUGGAUAGUUUUGCUAUAUUGUUAGAAGGGUGGGAGAAGGAGGGGAAUGUGGCGAAGGCAAAAAAUACUUUCGGAGAAAUGGUGAUUCGGGUCGGUUGGAGUCCGCUAAACAUGUCUGCUUAUGAUGCUUUCUUGACUACGCUUGUUCGUGGGGCACAAGUUGAGGAAGCAAUCAAGUUUUUGCGAGUUAUGAAGGGGAAGAACUGCUUGCCAGGUUUGAAAUUCUUUUCUAAUGCUCUUGAUAUUCUUGUUAAGCAGAAUGAUUCCACUCAUGUUAUCCCAUUGUGGGAUACAAUGGUGGGUAGUGGGUUGGUCCCUAAUUUGAUAAUGUACAACGCCAUUAUUGGAUUGCUUUGCAACAACAAGGACGUUGAUAAUGCAUUUCGCUUUCUGGAUGAGAUGGUGUUUUAUGGGGCUUUUCCUGAUUCGUUAACCUAUAACAUGAUAUUCCAAUGUUUGAUCAAGAACAAGAAGGUUCGUGUAGCAGGGAAGUUUUUUGUUGAGAUGAUCAAGAAUGAAUGCCCUCCAACUCAUUUGAAUUGCUCCGCAGCAAUUGCAAUGUUGUUUGAUGGCGAUGACCCUCAGAUGGCUAUUGACAUUUGGGAAUAUAUGGUUAAGAACCAUGUUUCACCUCUUGAUGAUGGUGCUAAUGCGUUGCUGAUUGGGCUUUGUAAUAUGGGGAGGCUGACAGAUUUGAGGAGGUUUGCAGAGAAUAUGCUUGACAGAAGAAUUAAUAUUUAUGAGUCAACAAUGGAGAAGGUGAAGAAUGCUUUCUAUAAGGAGGGUAGAAGUGCCCGUGAUUCAUAUGACCAUCUUUCAAGGAAGUGGAAAAAACUUCCUAGAUGA